AUGAAGGUAUUCGUGCCCGCUGCCGUUCUCCUCUGCGCUGUGAAAUCCGCAGCGGCAUUCGACUUCGUCCGCGAGCACACUAGCUCUCCUCGCCACCCAUCCCUCCGCGAGGCCAACUCAGCCGCUGCCACCGAUGCUUCGUACGACAUCAAGGACUACAUCCCUAACAUUGACACCCUCAAGGAGCACGCUAACACUGCCGUCAAGAACACUGAGGGCUUCCUUAACGGCGUCAUGGACUACAUGAAGAACGUCAGCAACCUCUUCUGGAGCUACGUGCCUGACCCCCAGCAGGUCUACGGAUCCUCUUCCGAGGGCCACACCAACUCUGGCGUCGGUUUCCUCAACAGCCACUCCACCGUUGGUGACUCUUCCUCGUUUUUGAGCGCUGUGAACACUGAGAAUUUUGACGCCGCCAUCAACAAGGUUGCCAAGACCGGUGCUGAGUACGGUGAAUGGGUGAAGGACAAGAUUGCCGACUUGAAGACUGAGGUUGUGAACGACCCUACCGCCCAGAAGGUGAUGUCUGCCGUGCGUGACGCCGCUGCGCCCCUGACUUCUGCCAUCGAAUCUGUUACUGAAACGAAGGCCUGA